GACCGAGGUGGGCGUUAUUUUCAGAUCAAGCAAAGAGCUAGUUUUUGUUUCACAUUUCGAGGAGCCGGUCCACCGGCAGCCUUCGCUUCUUCUUCGUCGCAUCCUUCAUUCGGCCCCCUCGAGCUCUCUUCCACUAGUUCCCAUUCCUCGCUGGGAACCCCAGAGGUAGUGAUAGAUCUCGUGAAGAUCUCGCCAUGGCGGGCGCUGCCGGGGGUUUUGUGACCCGCUCCUUUGAGUCGAUGCUCAAGGAGUGCUCCGGAAAGAAGUAUGGCACGCUUCAGAAGGCUAUUCAGACGUACCUUGAUAGUGCCAAGGAGAUCAGGCAAGAGUCCAAUUUAAGCAAUGCAAAUCAAGCGGUAACUGAAGAUAAGAGCACUGAAAGAAGAGAAGCAGAGAAAGAGAAAAAUGAUGCAUCUGAUGAGCAGUCUAUUUCAGCAACUGGAGAGAUUGAAACUCUCACAGAAACUCAGGAGAUUAGAGAACCUAUUACAACUGCUUUAGCUUCUGCUGGGCACACCUUAGAAGCGAGUCAAGCUGAACUUGUGCUACAACCUCUAAGACUUGCUUUUGAGUCAAAGAAUAUAAAACUUGUGGAGCCUGCUCUGGACUGUCUUCAUAAACUCAUCGCAUAUGAUCAUUUAGAAGGUGAUCCUGGAUUAGAAGGUGGUAAAAACUCUCCAUUAUUUACAGACAUUCUCAGCAUGGUUUGUGGUAGUGUUGACAAUCUUUCGUCUGAUAGUACCAUUUUGCAAGUCUUGAAAGUGCUUCUUACUGCUGUAGCAUCAAUGAAAUUCAGAGUUCAUGGGGAGCCUUUACUUGGGGUGAUUAGAAUCUGCUAUAACAUUGCUCUUAACAGCAAGAGUCCUAUAAAUCAGGCAACCUCAAAGGCAAUGUUGACCCAAAUGAUCAGCAUAGUGUUCAGGAGAAUGGAAUCUGACCAGGUUCCCAUAUUAUCUUCUAGCGGUCCUGGUCACAGUGAACCUGCUUCUGCUAGCUCCAUACAAUCAAAUAAUGGAGAGAUAUCUGUGGAUGAACAAGAAGAAAAGAAUAUCACUCUAGGAGAUGCAUUAUCCAUGAACCGUGAGAAAGGCACACCUGCAUCUGUUGAGGAACUUCAGAACUUAGCUGGUGGUGCUGACAUCAAGGGUUUAGAGGCUGUCCUUGACAAGGCUGUGCAUCUUGAAAAUGGGGUGAAAAUUGCACGAGGGAUUGAUCUUGAGAGCAUGAACAUUGGUCAUCGAGAUGCUUUAUUGCUUUUUCGCACCCUUUGCAAGAUGGGAAUGAAGGAAGAAAGUGAUGAGGUUACUACAAAGACAAGGCUUUUGUCUCUUGAGCUUUUGCAGGGUUUGUUGGAGGGAGUGAGCCAAUCAUUUACCAAGAAUUUUCACUUCAUCGAUUCUGUUAAAGCAUAUCUUUCUUAUGCUUUAUUGCGAGCUUCUGUGUCUUCCUCCCCUGUUGUUUUCCAGCAUGCAACUGGAAUUUUCACUGUACUAUUACUUCGAUUUAGGGAAAGCCUUAAGGGUGAAAUUGGCAUUUUCUUCCCUAUAAUAAUCUUAAGAUCCUUGGAUGGGUCUGAUAGCAGUCUUAGCCAAAGGACAAGUGUUCUUCGGAUGCUUGAGAAAGUGUGUAAGGAUCCACAAAUGCUUGCAGAUAUAUUUGUCAACUAUGAUUGUGAUAUUGAUGCACCAAACCUCUUUGAACGCAUGGUUAAUGGUUUGUCAAGAAUAGCACAAGGGACGUUAAGUGCAGAUCCUAACUCUGUUACUGCUUCUCAAACUGCCUCUAUUAAAGGUUCAUCCCUUCAGUGCCUGGUCAAUGUGCUCAAGUCACUUGUUGACUGGGAGAAGCUAAGAGGAGAAUCUAAAAAGCAUGGCAACAUUACCAAGUCUCCUGCAGAGAAAGCGUUCGCUCAGGAAUCUGAUGAAUUGAAAAACAGGGAAGAUGGACCUAAUCAGUUCCAGAAGGCUAAAGCUCAUAAAUCUACAAUGGAAGCUGCAAUGUCUGAGUUCAACAGAAAGCCAGUGAAGGGAAUAGAAUGUUUGUUGUCUAAUAAAUUGGUUGAAAACUCAGCUUCUUCAGUGGCACAAUUCUUGAAGAAUACUCCUAGCCUAGAUAAGGCCAUGAUUGGGGAAUAUCUGGGUCAGCAUGAGGAGUUUCCGCUUGCUGUCAUGCAUGCUUAUGUCGAUUCCAUGAAAUUUACAGGGUUAAAGUUUGAUACUGCGAUUCGUGAGUUUCUCAAGGGUUUUCGACUUCCUGGGGAAGCCCAGAAGAUUGAUAGGAUCAUGGAGAAGUUUGCUGAGCGUUACUGUGCUGACAAUCCUGGACUUUUCAAGAAUGCUGAUAUUGCAUAUGUUCUUGCUUAUGCCGUUAUCAUGUUGAAUACUGAUGCACAUAAUCCAAUGGUGUGGCCUAAAAUGACCAAGGCUGAUUUUGUACGUAUGAACUCUGUAAGUGAUGCAGAAGAAUGUGCCCCCAAGGAACUCCUUGAGGAGAUAUAUGAUUCUAUAGUUCUGGAAGAGAUAAAAAUGAAGAAUGAUAUAUCUGGACUGGGAAACAGCAAGCAAAGGCCAGAAACAGAGGAGGGAGGCCGCCUUGUCAGUAUUCUUAAUCUGGCACUUCCUAAAAGGAAAUCAGCGACUGAUACUAAGACAGAGAGUGAACAGAUUGUUAAGCAAACACAGGCUCUUUUCAAAAAUCAAGGGACAAAAAGGGGUAUUUUCCAUACUGCCCAGCAGGUUGAACUUGUUAGGCCAAUGCUUGAAGCUGUAGGUUGGCCUUUGCUCGCAGCAUUUUCUGUUACCAUGGAGGAAGGAGAUAACAAGGCAAGGGUUGUUCUUUGUAUGGAGGGUUUCAAAGCUGGUAUUCAUAUUACUCGUGUUCUAGGGAUGGACACAAUGCGUUAUGCAUUUUUGACAUCAUUAGUAAGAUUUACAUUCCUUCAUGCUCCAAAGGAUAUGCGCAGUAAAAAUGUGGAGGCAUUGCGUACUUUGCUUGCUCUAUGUGACAUGGAGAUAGAUUGCUUACAAGACACUUGGAAUGCCAUUUUGGAAUGUGUUUCAAGGCUCGAAUAUAUUACUUCCAGUCCAACAAUUGCAGCAACUGUGAUGCAGGGGUCUAAUCAAAUUUCUCGGGAUUCAGUUCUACAAUCUCUCAGAGAACUAGCUGGCAAACCUGCUGAACAAGUUUUUGUGAAUAGUGUGAAAUUGCCUAGUGAUUCUGUCGUAGAAUUUUUCACUGCUUUAUGUGGUGUUUCUGCUGAGGAACUGAAACAAACUCCAGCUCGGGUCUUCAGCUUACAGAAACUGGUUGAGAUUAGCUACUAUAACAUGGCUCGUAUACGCCUGGUGUGGGCUAGAAUAUGGUCUGUCUUAGCCCAACAUUUCAUUGCAGCUGGUAGCCACCAUGAGGAAAAAAUUGCCAUGUAUGCAAUUGACUCACUGAGGCAACUUGGCAUGAAGUAUCUGGAGCGUGCUGAGCUCACAAACUUCACCUUCCAGAAUGAUAUUUUAAAACCUUUUGUCAUACUUAUGCGAAAUAGUCGCAGUGAGACCAUUCGCGGUCUUAUUGUUGACUGUAUUGUUCAGAUGAUAAAAUCAAAGGUUGGUAGCAUUAAAUCAGGUUGGCGGAGUGUCUUUAUGAUUUUUACUGCAGCUGCUGAUGAUGAGUUGGAAUCAAUUGUUGAGAGUGCGUUUGAAAAUGUAGAGCAAGUUAUCUUGGAGCACUUUGAUCAAGUUGUUGGUGAUUGUUUUAUGGAUUGUGUGAACUGUCUCAUUGGUUUUGCCAAUAACAAAAGCUCUCCCAGAAUUAGUUUAAAGGCUAUUGCUCUUCUCCGUAUAUGUGAAGACCGUCUUGCAGAGGGUCUUAUACCAGGUGGUGCGUUGAGACCUGUCGAUGUUUCUUUGGAGGCUAGCAUGGAUGUAACUGAGCAUUACUGGUUUCCAAUGUUGGCUGGCUUAUCUGAUUUGACUUUAGAUCCUAGAUCAGAAGUUCGGAACUGUGCUCUUGAAGUUUUGUUUGAUUUGUUGAAUGAGAGAGGCCACAAGUUCUCAUCAGCUUUCUGGGAAAGUAUUUUUCAUCGUGUCCUUUUUCCCAUUUUUGAUCAUGUAAGACAUGCUGGAAGGGAUGGUUUUACUUCUGCUGGGGAUGAAUGGCUUCGGGAAACUAGCAUCCACUCUCUUCAGUUGCUUUGCAAUCUAUUCAAUACCUUCUACACGGAGGUUUGUUUCAUGCUUCCACCAUUGCUUGGUUUGCUUCUUGAUUGUGCCAAGAAGACAGACCAAAAUGUUGUUUCAAUCUCUCUUGGCGCUUUGGUCCAUCUCAUAGAGGUUGGCGGACAUCAAUUUAGUGACAAUGACUGGGAUACUCUCCUAAGGAGCAUAAGAGAUGCUGCAUACACAACUCAACCCCUUGAACUUCUCAAUUCGUUGGGAUUCGAAAAUUCAAAGCACCAAAACUUGGUGAAAAUGGGUUCAGAUACUAUUAGAGCUGAUACUUCUUCCUUUCAAGUUGAUCAUUAUGAUAGUAAUGGUGGUCAAAGAUUGUCCAAUGAACAAACUUUUGACAGUGGGACAUCUGGCAAGGAUCCAAGCACAGUGAACUCAGUUGAUAACCAUAAAGAUAUAAAACUUCAGAAUAACCUUGAGGAAGCUGAAGGUGGUGUAGAAACACCUGCUGCAAAUGCUGCGUACCAACAGAGUCAAUCUUUUGGCCAACGGUUUAUGGGGAAUAUGAUGGACAACCUUUUGCUUAGAAGCUUUACUUCUAGGUCUAAAAGCCGUGGAGAAGAAACUCUCAUUCCAUCUUCACCUAUGAAGAUUUCUGAUUCUGUUGAGCCUGUCCCCAAUGAUGAUGAAAAUAGUCCAUCACUGGAAACGGUUAGGGGUAAAUGCAUCACUCAAUUGCUAUUGCUUGGUGCGCUAGAUAGCAUACAGACAAGAUACUGGAGCAGGUUGAAAACUCCUCAAAAAAUUGCAAUAAUGGACAUCUUACUUUCACUUUUGGAGUUUGCUGCUUCAUACAAUUCAUCUUCAAAUCUUAGAGCAAGGAUGCACCAUAUACCUACUGAUAGGCCUCCUUUGAAUCUUCUACGUCAAGAAAUUAAAGGAGCUUCCAUUUAUUUGGAUAUUUUACACAAAUCUACCACAAAUAUUGAAGAACCUGUGGUCUCAAACGACCAACAAAUGGAAGCAGUAGAGAAUAAUUCCACCUACGGUCAUUCUGCUAAUGAUGAUGAACAGCUUAAAAGCUUAGCAGAACAGAAGCUAGUUUCUUUCUGCAGCGAGAUUCUUAAAGAGGCUUCUGAUCUACAGCCUAGCACUGGGGAUGCUGCUAGUGCAGAUGUACAUAGAGUUCUUGACUUAAGAGCUCCAGUUAUCAUUAAGGUACUCAAGGGAAUGUCCAUCAUGAAUAGUCAAAUAUUUAGGAAGCAUAUGAGGGAGUUUUAUCCAUUGAUCACGAAGCUUGUCUGUUGUGAUCAGAUGGACGUUCGUGGAGCUCUUGGCGAUCUUUUCAGCACUCAGCUCACUCCUCUUCUGCCGUAGUUGCCUCUGACACUGCCCAAGCUUUUUUCCCGUCAAGAUUUCUCUGGCUCAUUUAUAUUGCGUCUGGAGUAGAGAAAAGACAUGUUGAUACAGAUAACGUAUACAAGCCAAGGUGAUGCAGGUCCUGGAAUCUCAGAAUACGAUAUUUUACUCCUUGCGGUAGUGCCCCUUCUGUAAGCUUGGUUCCACACCUUGCCUCAGAAAUUAUUAUCAGUUUUCAGUGGCUGCUUUCUUCUUGUUUGUUUGGUUGUUCAAUUAGGGUCAUCAAGAGAUGAAGCCUCUGAGAGAAACACUGAAGAAUGUUUGGCUCUAGAAAAAUGGUUUUGUAAUUGUUUACCUUUCAAUUGCGUCGAUGUGAUAACGGAGAUUUGCUAUUCCGGCUUUAACCUUUUAUUGAACAAGAGAGCUUCAGUAUCCUUGUUAUAAUUUUUACAAACAAGUUAUUCAUUGUUGAUUUUAUUCUAGGUAUGUGAAUUUUAUAUUCUUUUGUUCUCUACUUAUUUGCAUGAUAUGAAUGACAACAGUGUAAUUUCCUGUGGUUUAGUA